AUGGCGCUGACUUUCAGAUGUCGCCAUGCGUUCAAGCAAGUCGCAGCUGCUCAGUUGCCGCUCCGGAGGUUCGCUGAUGCUGCCAAGGCCUCCGCCCCUUGCGUGCCAGACUUCGAUCCGGAGAACGGCGAGGUCAUCUUCGCCUCCAGCGACACCAAGAAGCUCGUCUCGUCCUGGCUACUCUUAUCGCUUUGCCAACAGCGACUGCUGGUCGACUUGGGGGCGGGUGUGCUCGGGCAGAGCUGGAUCUGCAGAAGCCCGGAUAGGCCACUCAGCCGAGCGAUCCUGGCAGCCGUUCGAGAAACUGCGUUUGCACACUUCUGCGGCGGGGAGUCGCUAGAGGACUGUGUGCCACUGGCCAAGCAACUUCAAGAUGCAGCAGGCGUUCGCUGCAUCGUCGAUUGGGGCGUGGAGGAAAGCUGUGACCCGGGAGCCUGGGAGUCUAACGCAGACCGGAAGGUCGACACCUUGUUCCAGGCAAAGAAGAUCUUGGGCGCCAGCGCGGCGUUCAUGCCCAUCAAGCCCACCUCUCUGCUGUCCCCGGUGCUCUUGGAGCGAAUCACAACCAUCACGGAGGGCGGAGCCUCGAAGCUGAGCGAGGACUUUCGCGGCCAGCUAGCACCCGCUGACCGGCUCGAAGUAGAUGAGGCCUUGUCCCGAUUGCGGCGGAUUUGUCAGGCGGCCAAAGAUGCUGCCGUACCUCUUCUUCUGGAUGCCGAGCAUUCGCAUCGGCAGCCUGCCGUGCAUUUGCUGGCGCAGCAGCUGCAAAAGGAGUUCAACCGGGAUGAGGCCGUUGUGUAUGAUACGAUUCAGAUGUCGGAGUCUCAGAACCAGAAGAUGUAUGAGCUGGACAAGUUCCUCGGUUUGCCUCGACCUCUCUCGCGGUACCUGGCAGCGUCGCCGGGGCGCCUGGAGAAGGCUAAGCAGGACAACUACACCUGCGCCAUCAAGUUGGUCAGAGGUAGCAUUGGGGGGACCCCUCAGAACAGGUUCUUUAUCCCCAACCUAUAA